AAGGACAGAGUCCAGCUCUAAAGGUCUGUCUUUAUCUUCAGGUUUAGGAUGAGCCUGUAAGUCUCCACUCAGGGAAAAGCAGCCGUCAUGCCGUGUACCUGUGCAGAGUGGAGGAGAUGGAUCCGCCCGCUGGUUCUGGUUCUGUACGCCCUGCUGCUGGUGGCCGUGGUGCCGCUGUGCGUCUGGGAGCUCCAGAAGGACAAGGUCGGGACUCACAGCAAAGCCUGGUUCAUAGCCGGAGUGUUCGUGUUCCUCACAAUCCCCAUUUCCCUGUGGGGGAUCCUGCAGCACAUGGUGCACUACACCCAGCCGGAGCUGCAGAAGCCCAUCAUCAGGAUCCUGUGGAUGGUGCCGAUCUACAGUUUGGACAGCUGGCUGGCCCUGCGCUACCCCAGCCUGGCCAUCUACGUGGACACGUGCAGGGAAUGCUACGAGGCCUACGUCAUCUACAACUUCCUGGUGUUCCUGCUCAACUUCCUGAGCAACCAGUACCCGAGCCUGGUGCUGAUGCUGGAGGUGCAGCAGCAGCAGCCGCACCUGCCGCCGCUCUGCUGCUGCCCACCGUGGCCCAUGGGAGAGGUGCUGCUGUUCCGGUGCAAGCUGGGAGUCCUGCAGUACACUGUGGUCCGGCCCGUUACCACGGUGAUAGCGCUCAUCUGCCAGCUCUGUGGCGUUUAUGAUGAAGCCAACUUCAGCUUCAGAAACGCCUGGUCCUACCUGGUUAUAGUCAAUAACAUUUCCCAGCUGUUCGCCAUGUACUGCCUGGUUCUGCUGUACAAAGCCCUCAGAGACGAGCUGACUCCCAUCAGGCCCGUGGGGAAGUUCCCAUCCAUCCAUCCAUCCAUCCAUCCAUCCAUCCAUCCAUCCAUCCAUGUGUUUCUUCCUGUUUUCCUGCAGGAAGCAGAGGAGGGUUCGUGCUUCGACAGCUUUUUGGCCAUGUGGGAUUUCUCAGACAUCAGAGCUGAUGUAACYGAACAGGCCCGCCAUGUUGGUCGUACUUUCCUGGGACGUCCCAAUAAGAUGUACUUCGGCGCGGCGGCUCGACCCGAACACACCGAGCACACCGGCCUGCUGAACUCCACCUCCCAGGAUCCCGUCGUUGCCGCGGCGACCUCCAUGCCCUCCUCCCCGUCUUCGGUGGGGCGGUACCAGGGCCUGGGCCACACGACCGCCCCUCACUCCAUCUCCGCCCCCGCAGGUUUCACGUCUUCCUCCUGGGAGUACGACAGCGACGGCACGCCGCCGCAGCCGGGACUCGGACAGUAAACUCUAGAUCUAUGAUAGAAAACUGAAACAGAGCGAAUGCACUCUGAGGUCAAAGCCAUGUCUGCUCAGAAGCUGGUAUAACUUUAAAGUGAMUCUCAGAUGUAAAUGUUUAAAAUCUGUGUUUUGCUGUAGUUUUGAUAAAUGUGUCUGAUGGGUUGGAGGAGGGAAGCAGCUUGUUGUUUCAGUUUUGUGAAGUUCUUCAGAAAGCUUUAACUGUUUGUCCCGACUCAAUAAAAACACCUGGAUUAUCACAAACUGAUUCUAUCAUUAAAAGGCUCUACUGUCUAGUA